GCUGCUUCCCGGAGCGUGAUGACCAGGGGCUCCCAGCACCCUGGAGGGGGUCUGAGGCCGCAUCCUCGCCAGCCUGCACCCUUCCCCACCACCUUUUGGCAGCGUGGUCGAGCUCGGUCCAGCCCGGGCUUGCUUCCCUAAGACAGCAGAUGCAACGCAGCUCUCGAGGAUGCGCUAAGAGGGAAGGAGCAAGGAGCCAGCCUGCCAUGGCGAUGUAUUUUUGGGUAGCAAAGGAGGUGCUGGGGGUACCUGGGGGCCAGGCAGUGCCCAGGGCCAAGCCCAGCAUCUCGGCCCUGGCGUGCAGCGGGGUGAAAAAUUUUGCAAGAGGAAGUGGCAGGACUGCGCGGUGCGAGGCGAGCGCAGGAAGGGGAGGCGAUGCGCGGCGCCCGAGGGACCAGACUGCAGGCAGUGAGCGAACCCGGGCGCCAAGAGCAGGAGCAAACUCGCAGCUCUGCCCCUUCCAUGCUGCCCCAGCGCUGCUGCGCAGGGAGGUGGGUGGAGGAGGAGAGGGAAGGGUUACCCAGCACGGCUGCCUGUUAAAGAGAAAUAGCUCCGCUGGCUCUGGAGGAUGAGCCGAAGGAGCUAUUGCAGAUAAGUGCCGGCGAGCUGAGGAUGUGAGAGCGAGUUUGCCGCUGGCGCGGGAGCCGGAGCAGGAACCGCCGAUGGUCGCCGGCCCCCUGAGCCCCCCGGCGAGCCCCGUGCACGCUCGGCCUCUCGCCUCUGCUGAGCUUCGAUGACCAUCGGCAGCAGCAUGAGCAGCGGCUACUGUAGCUUGGAUGAAGACCUCGAGGAUUGCUUUUUCACAGCAAAAACCUCUUUCUUCCGGAGCACGCCAAACAAGGUCCCUGCCAAGAAUGUAACACAAACGGUAGAAGAAGAAAAACCCGAGCCUCCGACCAUCCAGGAGAUCAAACAGAAAAUUGAAAAAUACAAUGCAAAAGUUACAAACUGCCUGUUGAUGAAGCUGAACGACGAUGGGACGUACACAGGUUUCAUUAAAGUGCAUUUGAAACUGCGCCGCCCCGUGACAGUGCCGGCGGGGAUCCGGCCGCAGUCCAUCUACGAUGCCCUCAAGGAGGUGAACCUGGCCGAUAUGACGGACAAGAGAACCUCCUUCUACUUGCCGCUGGAUGCCAUCAAGCAGCUCCACAUCAGCAGCACGACCACGGUGAGCGAGGUGAUCCAGGGGCUCCUGAAGAAAUUCAUGGUGGUGGAUAAUCCUCAGAAGUUUGCACUUUUCAAGGAGAUGCGGAAAGAUGGGCAAGUGCUCUUGCAGAAGCUGCCUCUCACCGAGUACCCCCUGUACCUCCGGCUGCUGGCGGGCCCCGACACAGAUGUGCUCAGUUUCGUGCUGAAGGAAAACGAAACAGGGGAAGUGGAGUGGGACGCAUUCUCCAUCCCAGAGCUACAGAACUUCCUGAUGAUACUGGACAAAGAAGAAAAGGACAAAAUCCAGCAAGUGCAAAGGAAGUACGAGAAGUUUAAACAGAGACUGCAACAGACCUUGAAAGAAGCCAGAGGCAAGCCUGGAUAACUCUUCAGGAGGCACCGGGCAUCAGACUAAGCUAGAUAAUAUUUUUAAAAUGAAAAGACACUUCUCAGGACACCUUAUAGCGGUCACUCUCCCUCUUCACCCUUCCCUUAAGGACUGGCUCACAGCACCCAUAAAACGAACAUAUAGCGUUUUGUUCUUCUGAAACCUCUUAUCCCAGGACCAGAACCACUCAAAGAAGGGGAAGCCUGUUUUAAAACUGUGCCCGUCAACAAACCAAACGCAGCUGCUGGUUCGCUUUUCAGCUGUACCAUCCGAUGGAGAAGCUUCGUGGAAAACGCUCAGCGUUAAACCCAACAGGAACGUCUACUGGCUGAUGUUUUGAGCAGGGUAACGCUUGCUGUUCACACUCCUCCCAGCGACUUGCUUGCUCUUGUUCGGCGGUGCUGCGGCUCAUUGCGUGUGCUCACGUGCCCGAGUUCUCAUUUCGUAAGUAGAGCGCAGGAAGCAGCAGAUAAAGCGGAAGAGGCGCUUGCGCCAAACCACGUGGGUGUUGCAGCUGUAACCAGUGCCGAUGGACUCGUUCAGGGCUAAGAUAGCCAGGGAAAAGUAAAGUUAUGACACCAAGGCAGCUGCAACACCCGAACAGUCUGUUAGUAAGUAUGAUUGAAACUUGGUAAUAUUAAUUCCAGGAAAAAUCAUCCAUUUUCAUUCUAUUUAACUUCCAGUUUUGAAAACAGAUGUGAAUUAAAGCAAAUACCCCCAAUGCUUAGCUAAGUUAGCCAGUGUUUCACCAGUUUUCUACUCCAUAGGAACUGGGAUCUAUGUUUUAGGAAAUUCUGUUUGAAAAGUGCAAAGGUGAUGGUUGGGGCAUAGGCCGAUGGUUUGAUAUUGAACAUUUAGCAAUACAUAUCCAAAAGACUAACCCAGGAAAGCUCAAAACCCCUUUCACAAAUGAAACCGAUUUUGAGCUACGAACAGGUCUGGCACCGAGGGAGAGGAGCUCCGACCAGGGCCAGGGCGUGAGGCAGCACCGAGAGCGCAGGCUGCCUGCCUGGGAAAGCCUCGGCUCCAGGAAGAGCAAGGGAACCCUUAGCCUCAGAUGCUUUCCGCCCACCGCUCUCCCAUACUGUACUUCCUCCUGCUAACCCUCCUUGCGCUUUCCCACCUCUCCUGUCCGUGACACGCCAUCCUCUCCCUCCCUGUGCCCGUGUCGUGUUCUCCCUCCCUCCCCGCUCGCCAUCGGUGCUCUGCCUGCGUGUCCAGGAAGGUUACCGGGUUUCGCUCUCUGCGUGGUGCUAGGGGAGGGCAGUAAGCGUCUCUGUCCCUGUCAGGGCUCCCACCGUCUCUGAUGCACGCACUGCAUAAAAAUCCUUCAUAAAAAUCCUUGAGCUGGAGCGUCGGUUACUGCCGUAACUCCAACCAGCCACCCUGCUCUCGACGCCACGCAGCGAUCACGGAAGGGCACGAGAGGUUCCAGGGAUGCCAGUCUGAGAGAGGAUGGUCCCCAAGUUUACUCUCGGUGCUUUGUACCGAUCCUGCUGCACACAGCCAGGUUCAGUCUUCCCUCUGUUUACACAGGACACCGCAACAAAGCGUAAAGGGAAAAUGGAACGUGAAUACUAGCUGGAUUCGGAUGGAGCACGUGAGAGGGUUUCCUAUUGACUCGAUGAACAAGUGUCCCUUUGAGCUCGCUGUAGACUGCUGUGACCCCACCUGCGUGAAGCAGGGAGGGAGGCAACAGGUUAUUGGGUAACAGUUACCACAGACAAUGCAGAAGAGUCUAAAAUUUACCUCAGUGCCUUUUUUUUUUUUUUUUUUUUUUCCUAAGUGUGAAAACUUUGCAUUUGGGCUAAGGUAGAAAUUGGAAGGGGCUUUUGUCAAGAGGCCUUGUCAGUCCUGAACCCCCCCGUUACCUAAAGUACUGUUGUGAUGAGGCUGCUCUCGUCCGUAGAGGGACGAGGAACUGUUUUGUUUCUUUCUUGAAGGUGACUGCUUGGGAUUUUUUUUUUUUUCUUCCAGAUUUAUACUUGAGUAUGUUUGUUUAUAAACUGUAAGAGAGUACCUGCAUCACUUAAAGCCCCUCGGUUUGUAUAAAAGCCACUUUCUGCAAGCUUAGUCCCAGCUCAAGGUUUAGUCAGUAGCGUAAAAAGGUUUGCUAAAACAGGGCUAUGGCCUCUGGCACGCGGUGCAGGAAGGGCCUCCAGCUGUACUGUACUCUACACCCAGAUGACCUUCAACAACAUGGUGGCAGCCCAAACAGAGCAGCAGUUUUCCUGCUCUGGGGCUGUUUGUCCAGUUACAAUACUUAUUGCUUCACUGUGCACUUGUGAAGUAAUUUAAAUAACAUUUAUCUAGUGCUUUGAGUCUCGAAAGCACUGUAUAAAUACUUCUGUUGAGUCAAGAAAAAGAACACUGUAAAAACUGCCAUUGGUUCUGAGAAGUAAGAUCCAGACGCUUGUUUUUAAAUCCCUUAUCUUUCUGGCUAAAAGUUGUAAAGAUUUCUUUGUUGUUGUUGUUUUCUACUAGAGUUUUGGUGACUGUCUCCCUCUCCCCUCCCGGAACCCAGCAUGUCUUUAACAUUUUGUAGAAGGCAUGGCUUCUUAUGCAAUUACCGUGAAUGCUGCUGAAAACCUCCUGCAAAGGGGAGGGCUGUUUCUUUUGUGUUUUUUUUUUUUUUUUUUUUCAAAAUAUGGGGCAUUUCAGGAAUUGGUAGAUCUUGAAACUCAAAUUCUCAACAGUCAGUUGAGCUGCGUCUAGGAUGGACGUACUGGCCCCUUCCUUAAGCGCAAAAUACUGUUGGCAGUGCCUUUGGUUAGUAUAUUGUCUCACCUAGUUCGUGUGAAUUUAUUUCUCAUGUCUCUUGUAAAACAUGUAAAAUAAUGUGUAUAGAAUGGAAUAGUAAAGCUUCUAUGGCAAAGUGAAAUGCAUUUUUGCAAUGCUGUAAUUUAUUUUUACUACUCCCUAGUAAUUCUAUGGCAUUUUUAAAAAAUGUCUCACUUCCAGCUUUUUUGAAGGUUCUGAAACUACUUGUUCAUAUGCAGGCAGUGUAAAAGACAAUGAUAAUAAAACUGUCAGUAAUUAAAGAAA